CUUCAUGGUGAUGUUGGGCAAUUUUAUUGAAUAAUUGAUCAAGAAGAGAUUGAACAAUGGAGAAUUCCAGAUCCUAAUACUUCUGAGUGGACAGUUUCUGCACAUGAAUACCAAACCAAACAGAUUGAUGGUCACUGGAUCCUAAGUUCUCAGCUACAGACACAUCUGAAACAGUAUCACUGUUUGUCAAUAUUACAACAUGGAUUCUAGUUUCUACCGUUGGAAACAAUUUGUGCAAAGAAAAUCCUUAAACUGUCCUUCAGAAACAACACCUCUCCUUCCGAAGAAGAAAAAUCCGCCAAAAUACAACCUAUACGACCAUCGCGUUGUUUUCGCGAAUAAUGAAAAAUGGGGCAGAGACUGGAAAAGGGUGUCAAGAUUUUAUAAAGGAAACAAAAUUCGAACAACAAAAUAUACUCUAUUAUCCUUUCUGCCAAUAAAUCUAUUUGAACAGUUUCUCAGGUAUGCCAAUGCAUAUUUUCUUUUCCUUGCUAUUCUGAACUGGAUGCCAGUAAUUGAGGUUUUUCAUAAAGAGAUCACAAUGGUGCCGUUGGUGAUUGUGCUUCUCGUUAUUGCAAUUAAGGAUGCUGUUGAAGACUAUAGUCGUUACCGUAUUGAUAAAAAAGUAAACUACACCAAAACAAAAGUAUAUAAAACGGACGAUAAGGAUUAUGUUGAGAAAUGUUGGAAAGAUGUACGUGUUGGAGAUUUUGUUAAACUGUACUGCAAUGAAAUUAUCCCUGCAGACAUUCUGCUUCUCUACUCUUCUGACCAAAAUGGGAUUUGUCACAUAGAGACAGCCAACCUAGAUGGGGAGACCAAUCUGAAACAGCGGCAGGUGGUUAAAGGUUUCUGUCGUCAAGAAGCACCGUUUGACCCAGAAUCUUUCAAAAGCACAAUUGUUUGUGAGAAGCCCAAUAACAAUCUGAACAAAUUCAAAGGCUACAUGGAUCAGCCAGAUGAGCAACGAACUGGAUUUGGCAGUGAAACCUUAUUACUUCGGGGAUGUACAAUCAGAAACACUGAAGAGACCAUUGGUGUUGUGAUUUAUGCAGGGCAUGAGACCAAGGCGAUGUUAAACAACAGUGGUCCACGUUACAAGCGCAGCAAAAUUGAAAGAAGAAUGAAUAUUAAUGUUUUCUUUUGUGUUGGAAUUCUUUUCAUCAUGUGCCUCAUUGGAGCUUUAGGUCAUGGCAUUUGGUCUGCCCGAUAUAUAAUUCAUCCAUUAUUUGAAGUCCCGGAUAACAGUGGAAACUAUAUCUCUCCAGCACUUGCUGGUUUCUACAUGUUCCUAACAAUGAUUAUCUUGCUUCAGAUUUUAAUCCCCAUUUCUCUCUACGUAUCUAUUGAAUUGGUCAAGUUGGGUCAAAUUUUUUUCAUACAUAAUGACCUUGAUUUGUAUGAUGAGGAAAUUGAUUUAUCCGUACAGUGCCGGGCACUAAAUAUCACAGAGGAUCUUGGACAAAUCCAGUACAUCUUCUCAGACAAAACUGGAACACUGACUGAAAACAAAAUGGUUUUCCGUAGGUGCACUAUAGUAGGGAAUGAGUUCUCGCAUCAGGAAAAUGCUAAACGUUUGGAAACCUACAAAGAAGAAGAUUCGGAUGACGAGGAUUUGGCAAAACUACGUAACUUUUCAUUGCACGAUUUUGAUGUUUGCAAGCACUCUACUGUAAGACACAAAGGGACGCGAGCUCUAAGAAGGUGCCAGAGUGCCCGGCCCCACAUUCAGGGCCACUUUCGUAAGAAAUCAGAAGGACGAUUUGACAUUUCUCAAGUGGCGUUCAGCAGUCCGAUUGAAAAAGAUGUGACCCCAGAUCAAAUGUUGUUACAGAAGGUCAGGGAAGCAUCAGUCAAGAUUGGUGCAAUGGUUCCAUUUAAACCUCAAAGCGACAUCAGAGCUCCAAGUUCUCCUUAUAUUGAUUUCUUUCUUGCUUUAGCCAUUUGCAAUACUGUGGUGGUCUCCACAGCAACUGAGCCAAGGCAAAGGGUUACGAUGCCUCCAUUGUUUAAACCUUCUGGGUCAUCUUUAGAGAAAGUCCAACAACUUUUCCAAAGGUUUAAAUUAUUGAGACUCAGCCAGACUUCAUCAAGCACUCCACCCAGCUCUGAUCCAGGAACACCCUCCAAUUCAAAACGUAAUAAGGUCAACCCAGCAUCAUCGUCUGACAAAGACAAUCUCUCCAGUUCCAGCUCUGGUGAAGCUGAAUUUCAGAGUAGUGAGAAGUCCUCUUCAGCAAGCAAAGACAGUAGUGACAACUGUAUUGAUGAGAUGUUUGCCACUGUAACUCAAUGCACUGAAGAGGAUGAAUUUUGCUAUGAAGCAGAGAGCCCAGAUGAAGCUGCAUUGGUUCAUGCUGCCCGAGCAUACAGCUUUACUCUUAUGUCCCGAACACCAGACCAGGUUACUGUGAGGCUUCCGGAAGGGACCUUAUUGACUUUUGACCUUCUCUACACAUUGGGAUUUGAUUCAGUCAGGAAAAGAAUGUCUGUUGUGAUUCGUCACCCGAUAACUGGAGAAAUAAUUGUGUACACUAAAGGAGCUGAUUCUGUCAUCAUGGAUUUGUUAGAUGACCCUUCAAAAGCUAACAUAAAUGAAGAGAAGAAGCUGAGGAAAAUACAGGCAAGGACCCAAAGACACUUAGAUUGGUAUGCCAGAGACGGGCUUAGGACACUCUGUAUUGCAAGAAAGGUCUUAAGUGAAGAAGAUUUCCAGCGAUGGUCUAACUUCCGAAGAGAAGCAGAAGCAGCAAUUGAUAACAAAGAGGAACUGCUCAUGGAAACAGCUCAACAUUUGGAAACUAAACUUAGUUUGCUGGGGGCUACUGGCAUUGAAGACCGUCUACAAGAUGGGGUGCCGGACACCAUUGCCGCCUUAAGAGAAGCUGGGAUAAACAUCUGGGUUUUGACUGGAGACAAACAGGAAACUGCCAUUAAUAUUGCAUACUCGUGUCAGCUGCUGGACCAGAGUGACACUGUGUUUACCAUCAAUACUGAGAGCAAGGAAACCUGUGAAUCUAUCCUGGAUUGCACUCUUGAAGAAGUAAAAAGCUUUGCACCCAGAAAGAAAAAGCGAAGUUUAUUUAAAAGACAGAACUCUAAGACUUCACCAGAAAUGGAAAUUGCACAGCCAGAAGUUGGGUUGGUAAUUGAUGGGAGGACUUUAAACAUAAUUUUUCAGGGAGGCCUUGAUGAAAAGUUUUUGGAAUUGACCAAGUAUUGCCGUUCAGUGCUGUGCUGCCGUGCUACGCCCCUUCAAAAAAGCAUGGUGGUGAAAUUGGCUCGAGACAAACUAAAAGUCAUGGCUCUUUCCAUAGGUGACGGUGCCAAUGAUGUCAGUAUGAUUCAGGCAGCUGAUGUUGGAAUUGGAAUUUCUGGGCAAGAAGGAAUGCAGGCAGUGAUGUCCAGUGAUUUUGCCAUAUCCCGUUUCAAGCAUUUGAAGAAACUGUUACUAGUCCAUGGACAUUGGUGUUAUGCCCGACUGGCUAAAAUGGUCAUCUAUUUCUUUUACAAGAAUGUGGCCUAUGUCAACUUGCUCUUCUGGUAUCAGUUUUUCUGUGGCUUCUCUGGGACCACCAUGAUAGACUACUGGCAGAUGAUCUUCUUCAACCUCUUCUUCACCUCUGUGCCUCCCCUUAUUUUCGGAAUUUUUGACCGCGAUAUUUCUGCUGAGACCCUAAUGAGUUUGCCGGAGCUCUACAAAAGUAGUCAGAAUUCUGAGUCGUACAACAUGUCUACCUUUUGGAUAGCAAUUAUAGAUGCAUUCUACCAGAGUCUUGUUUGUUUCUUCUUUCCAUAUUUUACCUACCGUGAUACAAAUAUGGGAGUUCUUUCUUUUGGUACACCUAUCAACACCAUAUCCCUGUUUACAAUCUUAUUACAUCUAUGUAUUGAAAUAAGAACUUGGACUUUCCUGCAUGGGAUCACCAUAAUUGGAAGCGUUGUCGCUUAUUUUGUAGUUUCUUUGGUCUAUAAUGCUGUCUGUGUUCUAUGUAAUGAAGGCGCAAACCCAUACUGGAUAAUGGAGAUGCAGAUGAAGGAACCCAGCUUCUAUUUAGUCUGCAUUAUUACACCAAUAGUGGCUCUGCUACCGAGGUUCUUAAUUUAUGCACUGAAAGGGACAUGUAGGAUUUCUCCUCUUAUUGAAGCUCAGAAGUUGGAUAAACUCAACAAAGCAGAGAGAGACCUAAAGAUACAACAGUGGAGGGAAAGAAAACGUAAAUCGACUUCCAAUGUAGCUCCUACUCCACCAGAUCUUGAAAAUUCAACAAUAAAUUCUGUAUAUGCAUCUCCAGACAGAAAGCCCACCAACAAGUUUACAGUACACAAUGAAGACAAUAAUUGUAACUCCAGUUUCUACAGGGAAGGACAACCUUCAUCAGUCACCCCUGCAGGUCUUGUAAGACCAGUCACAAGGAGCAAUCACUCCAAACCUGCACCCAGUGGUGUUGGGCCAUUAAAAGGUGCUGCCAAGGUUCUGAAAGAUAGGGAAGAAGAAUUUUCUAGAACCAGCCACCGAAGAUCUAUUAGUACGGUCACAGUUUAAGGACGACUUUAUUGGGAAGCUGAAAUGUUGAUUCCAGUAUAUUUAUUUAUUUAUUUUAGAUAACAGCUGUUCAACCCAUAUUGGGGGUAGAAAACAGACGUGAAUUGUGUAUCCAUGACUUCUGCUUUGAAGUUCUAUAAUUUGAUUAACUUUAUUGAACUAUAAAAGUGACACAAUACGAACAUUUUUUUAACAAAUGUUGUGGACAUUAGACUCAUAGUCACUGGUAAAAGUCUACAGAAGAUUACUCCAAUGAUUUUGUUGCUGUUAACUGUGCUGAAAUCACAGACCACGGCAGUGUGCUACACUGUAAUCAAACCUUUAUAUAUAUAAUUGCAGAUUAUUUUUUUUAAUAUACUUUUAUGUCUCUGCAAUUUGUUGUUCAAUUGGUGCUGAUUUAAUAGAAAUUCUUACCUGACAUCUGAUCACUGUGAAAACUUCAAAGCCAUGCAUUGCAACACAUUCUCAGAAAAAUGGUUUGUCUUUACUAGAUACUGGACUUCACAUCUUCUGUAAUGAGUUGUGUACAUGCAUUCGUGCUUCAAGUGUGAAUCUAGUCCCGUUUACUAUGUACUGUAGCUUCUAUUGUGUCUUUAGUGUGAAAGCAAUUUAAUAUUAUUUGAGCUGCAUUACAUAAAUACAAGCAAGCAUUUAUACAUUUCAUGUAACAGAAACCAGCCAUGUGUCUAGUAGAAAUGUUAACAUUUAAAAGAAAGUGAAGUGCAACGCAAGCCAAGAAAUAAAGUGCCAAUUUUAUUAGUCGCUGUUACUGUACACAUACAGUAGUAACUUCUAUAUUUAUUAUAUUAUUUAAUCUUUUUUUUUUUUUAUAUGGUUUCACUUGGAGAUCCUAUGAAUAAUUUGCAUUGUGUUUUACAAACCAAAUUGUAUUUCUAAAAACCUAAUUGAGAUUUUAAUACCUGUUUAUUGAAUAUAUGCAUCUAAUGCUCCAUUAACUAUCAUCUAAUGUGUUUAAUCAGCAAUGAGUUGCUGUUCUUUCUACCAACUGAAGGGGUUAAAGUUUGUUUUUCCUUUUUAUACCUUUGACAAUAGUGUUGAGAUGCAAAAACAUCUGUAUCUAAUAGUAAUAAUUUUAUUCAAUAUUGCCAAUGCCAAAUAUAGAUGAACAAAAAAAGUGAAUACUUCUAUUUUAAACCAUUAAAAACAAAUCUAAUUAGUAAAGUGUGUUUUAAUACCAUAAGAAAUAAAGCCAUCCAUUUGCAUUGUAAGAUGGACUCAUGAAAUCUUGGCAGUACUUUAUGCUCAGUAGGCAGAAAUCAAUGAAGAUAUGCGGCUAACCUCAUUCCCAAGAUACUUACAUUAAUGGAUGGGAACCACGAUCCAAUGCAAUUGCACUUUGAUUCAAGCCAUCAGUCACAUUAAUGAGGAUCAAAUUGGUGUAGUUCACUAAACCAAAAUGUGAUAUCUAUCCAAUACUUAACAAUUCAAACAAAAAGUUAACUUUUUUAAAUGUGUCUUAAAAAAAAACAAAAAACUUAACAGUACUGUAGACAUCAAUCUAUUAGUCAGAUUUAUUUAUGAAAUUAUGAUUAAGCACAUUUCUCAGUACUACAGAUUUGAAGAUAUGAAAUUAUUGGUAACUACAGAUUAUUAUGUGUCGGUCAUAGACAGAGCUAUUUUUACUUUCUGUUAACUAACAUUUUAUGACUCAUAAUUAUCACCUCCAAGUUGUAUCCUCAUUUAAAAGGACAUAAACAAACAAAAAGAUUCUUGAAUGAUUCACAUAAUGUAUACCAGUUUACUUCUAUGGUUAAAUUUGCUUCAUUCUCUUUUUAUUCUUUGUUCAAAAAGAGUUAGCUGAAAACAUAGGGCGAACCAAUGAAAAGAGGCAUAAAUGGGAAGCCACAAAUCAUUCCCUAGCUCCCAGUAGUGCUUUGCUUCUCCUGAGCCUACCUAGGUUUACUUUUCAACAAAGGCUACAGAAGAACAAAGCAAAUCAGAUCAUAGAAGUUUCAUUUGGAAAGUUGUUUAACCUGGGACAUUUAAUUUAUAUUUUACUACCUCUUUAAUUGCCAGUUUAUUACCAUUAGAGUUCUCUUGCUUACAUUCAUAAUGCUGGAAAAUAGAAGAGAAGGUAGCACUCCUUUAUUAAAGCUACAGCAACGGUUUAGGGCUCCUGCCUCUUUCUCAAGGUAGCAGGAGCCCAAAAACAUUGUUAUAGCUUUAAUAAAGGCUGUUUCUACUUUAUGGAGUGCUGCCUUCUCUUCUAUUUUCCAUAUCUAUUGGUUGUGGCUCUAUGAGAGGGAUCCUGAAGGUGUAAGCACCCUCGCUUUUUGUAAGCCUUAUUUGCACAAUGCUGGAGUGCUGCUCUGAACUUUGUUUCCAACAAAUACAGUCAUCAUGCUGUCACCAUCUUAUGUCCUCAAAAAGAUGUAUAUUCGCUUGUAUGAUGGUCAUGCUCAAGUAAAAAAAAACUUUAUUCAAAUUGAAUUUGUGCACAAUAACAAAUUUAUUUUAUUUUUGCUCUUGUAUCAUAGCCUUUUUUUUUUAUAUAUAUACAGUAGCGUGGACUAAAACUCUGCGUUCAUCAGUGGAUAGGAAGGGGAAACACAUUAUGACCUUUAUCAGGCUACCACUAAUUACUUUAUUGAGUUGACAAACCCUCUGAGAGGAAUAUCUAUUUUGACAGGAAAUUAAUUUAAUUGUUUUUUCCGGAUUUACAUGUAAGAAAAAAACUCUCCGACAAUCACUAUAUCCCUAUAAGGUGUUGUAUCUAUUUUGUCUUUCCACAUUUUUGUGAACAGGGAAAUUAGAGCAUUUUGAGGUCUAUGCUGCUAAAAUGAACACACUGUAGUUUUUCAGUCGUUAAUAACAAAACAUCAACAAAGUGAAUUAAAAAGUGUAUUUUAAAAUAGAAUUCCCAAUAAAGUUCUCAUACAUACUACUUGUUUAUACAGUACAUGAUUAAAUUGCUAUUAAAGGGCUAUAAAAUUUGAAAAUUACUUGCUUUAAUUCAUUAGAGUGUGUCUUUUUAAGAUUAGUGACCCUACACUACUAUGUGUUUAACCCCCAGCAAAUUAAAAUAGAAUGUGACAUGAUUUUAUAAACUUAUACUCUUUAUUUAUUAAAUAUCUCUUUGUUAUUAUUGAUCUUUACUAAUAAAUAGUUAAUCAUGUGGCAUCUACCCUUAUAAAUCACAAUGGUAAGCAACUCCACAUUAAUCAAUGCUAUGAAUGAAUUACAGGAAAUGAAGGAUUAUUUUUGCUGGGAAUCAAGUAACCAUCAUUCAGUGAUGGUCAGUAAAUUAGAUUCUAUAAGAUGAAUUUAUCUGUUUAUCUUUUAUGCAGUUUUUUCAUCAUAUAGCUUGGACAUUUAAUAGUGAAGUUAUUUAGAAAUAGCUGCUUUGGCAUAUUUUUCAUUCUCCAAAGUACUUUCAAUUGAUCAAGAGAUCAUUUUUAUUUAGUCGAAUAACUCUUGUUAUUUAGUACUGUAUAUUUUAAUUUAAACACUGGUAUAAAAUGCAUUUUUAGGUGAAUUAAAUAUUUGCACAUUUAUUUAAGUAACCAAUUACUCUACAAUAUGAUAUUUGUGACUGUGAAGUAUUGGGGUAGCAAUGUCUUGCAUAAAAAAAAAAUAUUUAUUACAAAAUAUUACACUCACAUUUAUAACAAUUUUCCAGGUAUUUAUUUUAAAACCAUUUACAUAAUGUUCUAGAUCCACAUUUGGACUUAUAUAUUUAGGUACAUUUGCAAAAUUCAGAUUUUUUUUUUUUUUUUUAAAGAAAUUAGUAUUCACAUUAUUUACAUUUAAUGAUUCAGAUAGAUGAUACAAUGUUAAACAAGUUUCCAAUUUAAACCAAUGACACAAGGCAUUAAUAUUAAACCACCAAUCAAUACCUAUCUCCCAGUAGUGCACUGCUGUUCCUGAGCCUACCUAAGUAUGCUUUUCAACAAACUAUAGCAAGAGAACGAAGCAAAUUAGAAAACAGAAGUAAAUUGGAAAGUUGUUUAAAAUUGCACGCUCUCUCUGAAUUAUGAAAAAUUAAUUUGAAAUUCACGUUUUCUUUAAUUCUUAGUUCUCAUCAGAUGUAUAUAUUUUUAAUCUAUCGCUGAAGUUUAUCCAACCUCUUAUUUAACGACAUAUAAAAAACAGAUGACAAUGCCUCUUUUCAAAGAAAGUGCAAUAAAGUUGCAAACUAAGCCUACUUGAAUGUAUUUAUGCUGCCUAUGAAUGGUUAUUAACACUAAUGGUGCAUUUGAUUUUCAAUAUGAUGGUAAAAAUAAGUCAUAUCUCUAGCCUGAAAAAUAGAAUAAAAAACGCACUGCCUUUCUGAAAAUGGCAUUUUUUGUUUCUAGUUUGGGCCGGAUUGGCGCUCUUUAAAACAUUUCACAAAACUUAUUUAUGAAGAAUGUUUACAUUUGCCAUUAAUGUGUACUGUAAGAUCUUUUGAACAGAAACUACUGCUAACUAUGUCCUAUGCACCAUGUAUUUAACAUAUAAUUAUAAUUAUUAUGGAUUACAAUCUCUUCUGAAAUUGUAUUUUGGUACUUUAGAUUGCAUUUAAUGUACCCGUUUAUCUCCAUUUUAUCUUUCACUGUAAUCAUUUUUUUAGAUACAGACUGUAAAUUUAUUUAUUUUAUUGUAUUAAAUUUGUAUGUAUAAAAAAUGUUGCUGCAUUUUAUAGUCAUUCUUUACUUUCACAAAAAAAUGAUUUUUAUUGUAAUAUGUGAAAUAUUCAAAAUAGAAUGGCAUUAAAAAAUCUUGUUUCUUAAAGAAAAAAAUGUUUUCUCAUAAGUAUAAAAGGGUAUAAUUAUUACCUUUAAUUUUAAGCUUACCUAAAGCACGCUCAGGGAGCAUCGCUUAUCCCAACCCUUCUUCACAGUGCCCAGGAACCACGCUAAUAUGAGAAGUAGCGCGGCAGAUCCCAGAGAGAGGUAAUUUAAAGGAAUCAAAUGUAUAUUAACAACUUUUGUUUGUAUAUAUUCGUAUUUUGAAAAUUAGUUUCUGCAUUUGUUAGGAUAUUCAUUUUGUGAAAAUUAAGCAAAUAUCCAUAUUUUUGUUAUGAAUAUUGAUUCAUAUUGAAACAAAUGCAUACGUUAAAUAAAUAUAUUCUAUUGUGUCC